AAUGAAAAUCCGUUAGCUUUGUUGAAAGCCGUUACGUUCCGACAAGUUGACAUAUACAUUUCGAGGAUACACAAGCAUCAGUCAAUAACAGUAUCUUGCAGUGAUACACCAACUUUACUGAACAUUACAAAAAUGAAAUCUUUUGUAUUCGUUGCACUCUUUGCCGCGGUGGCCUUUGCUGCCCCCCAAGCGCCGACUGAGCCUAUUCCCAUUGUGCGUCAAGAUAGCCAAGUUAAUGGUGAUGGUUCAUACCAAUAUUCAUUCGAAACUGGAAAUGGUAUCAGCGCCGACCAGCAGGGAGAGCUGAAAAAAGUUGGGGAUGUUGAGGCGAUAGAAGUCAAAGGCCAAUUCCAGUAUCCCAGUGAGGAUGGAACCAACAUUCAACUGACUUAUACAGCUGAUGAGAAUGGCUACCACCCCGAAGGUGCUCAUUUACCUACCGCACCACCAGUACCUGAGGCAAUUCAGCGUGCUCUUGCCUACCUCGCCACAGCGCCACCACAGCCUGAAAAUUAA